GAGCUCCCGGGCUCGCCUUCUCUGAGCGCGGCUGCACUAGGCAGCCCUGAGCUGGGAGAGCCGCGCCCCGCCGGCCACGCCGGCCCUCGCCGCCCCGGACCCCAACUUCGCUCCAAGUUCGGGCCCGCCUUCUGGGGGAGCCAUGCAAAUGAUGACCAGAGACGUUCUGUUAGAAAUGGAGGAGGAGGACGACGAGGAUGGGGAGAUCGGUGAUGUUCCUGCCUCCAAGAGGCCUUUUUUGGCUCCUCACACUCCGCACGCAUCCAGUCUGGGGAUGGAAAACAUUGAAGGGGCAACAACUUUUGGAGCCCUGGAAAAUCAACCUGAUUUCCAGACCCCAGAGUUUGAAGAGUUUAAUGGAAAACCUGACUCCCUCUUUUUCAAUGACGGCCAGCGAAGGAUAGACUUUGUUCUAGUGUAUGAAGAUGAAAGUAAAAAAGAGACCAAUAAAAAGGGUACAAAUGAAAAACAAAGGAAAAAAAGACAAGUAUAUGAGUCUAACCUCAUCCGUGGUGGCCUGCAGCUUGAGGCAACGAGAUCGGUUGUGGAUGACAAACUUGUGUUUGUAAAAGUACACGCCCCGUGGGACGUGUUAUGUGCAUAUGCUGAGAUAAUGCACAUUAAAUUGCCUCUGAGACCCAAUGAUCUGAAAACUCGGUCCUCAGCCUUCACUAAUUUCAACUGGUUCACCAAAGUCCUCCAAGUGAAUGAGGAUAUCAUCAAGCCAGAACAAGAGUUUUUCACUGCCCCAUUUGAGAAAAGCCGGAUGAAUGAUUUUUACAUUCAAGAUAAAGAUGUCUUUUUCAAUCCAGCCACCAGAAGUCGAAUUGUUUACUUCAUCCUCUCUCGGAUCGAGUAUCAAGUAAGCGGUAACGUUAGUAAGUUUGGGAUUAACAAACUUGUAAACUCUGGCAUCUACAAGGCAGCUUUUCCUCUCCAUGAUUGCAACUUCAGCUGUCCCUCGGAGGAAAAUGGCUGCCCAAGUGAAAGGUUCCUGCUGUACAAAGAGUGGGCGCAUCCCCGGAGCAUCUACAAAAAACAGCCCUUGGACCUCAUCAGGAAAUAUUACGGAGAGAAGAUUGGAAUCUAUUUUGCUUGGCUGGGCUACUACACUAAGAUGCUGCUCCUGGCUGCAGUGGUGGGGGUGGCCUGCUUCCUGUACGGGCUCAUCAAUCAAAACAACUGCACGUGGAGCAAAGAAGUUUGUAAUCCUGAUAUUGGUGGCAAGAUAAUAAUGUGCCCUCAGUGUGACAGACUCUGUCCUUUCUGGAAACUCAACAUCACUUGUGAGUCCUCAAAGAAAUUAUGCAUCUUUGACAGUUUUGGAACCCUAGUCUUUGCCGUGUUUAUGGGAGUAUGGGUAACCUUGUUUCUGGAGUUUUGGAAACGGCGCCAGGCAGAGCUGGAGUACGAGUGGGACACAGUCGAGCUACAGCAGGAAGAACAGCCCCGACCAGAGUAUGAGGCGAAGUGCACGCACGUGGUCAUCAACGAGAUCACGCAGGAAGAAGAACGUAUUCCUUUUUCUACGUGGGGAAAAUGUAUACGGAUAACACUAUGUGCAAGUGCUGUCUUUUUCUGGAUCCUCUUGAUUAUCGCUUCAGUGAUUGGCAUCAUCGUCUACAGGCUCUCAGUGUUCAUUGUGUUUUCUACAAAACUUCCCAAGAACUUAAAUGGCACAGACCCAAUCCAGAAGUACCUGACUCCACAGACAGCCACGACCAUCACGGCAUCCAUCAUCAGCUUCAUCAUCAUCAUGAUUCUGAACAUCAUCUAUGAAAAAGUGGCCAUCUUGAUUACUAAUUUUGAACUCCCAAGGACCCAGACUGAUUAUGAGAACAGCCUCACCAUGAAGAUGUUCUUGUUCCAGUUUGUCAACUACUACUCCUCCUGUUUCUACAUUGCCUUCUUUAAGGGCAAAUUUGUCGGUUACCCAGGAGAGCCCGUGUAUUGGCUGGGAAAAUACAGAAAUGAAGAGUGUGAUCCCGGGGGCUGUCUCCUUGAACUAACAACACAGCUGACGAUAAUCAUGGGAGGAAAAGCAAUCUGGAAUAACAUACAAGAAGUGUUACUUCCCUGGAUCAAGAAUCUAAUUGGACGAUGCAACUCAGUUUCAGGUUCAGAAAAGGUCACCCCACGAUGGGAACAGGACUACCAUCUGCAGCUCAUGGGCAGGCUGGGGUUAUUUUAUGAAUACCUUGAAAUGAUUAUUCAGUUUGGGUUCGUCACCUUAUUUGUGGCCUCUUUCCCACUGGCCCCUCUAUUGGCCUUGAUUAACAAUAUAUUGGAAAUAAGAGUGGACGCUUGGAAAAUGACCACCCAGUAUAGACGGAUGGUACCAGAAAAAGCCCAGGACAUCGGAGCAUGGCAGCCCAUCAUGCAAGGAAUUGCGAUAAUGGCCGUGGUGACCAAUGCCAUGAUUAUUGCUUUCACAUCAGACAUGAUCCCGCGCCUGGUAUAUUACUGGUCCUUCUCCGUCCCCCCUUACGGAGAUCACAGCCACUACACCAUGGAGGGUUACAUCAACAACACCCUGUCCUACUUCAACAUAGCAGACUUCAAAAACAAGAGUGAUGGAAAUCCUUACAUUGGACUCGGUAACCAUACCACGUGCAGGUAUCGUGAUUUCCGGUAUCCCCCAGGACACCCCCAAGAAUACAAGCACAACAUCUACUACUGGCACGUGAUUGCAGCCAAGCUGGCUUUUAUCAUUGUCAUGGAGCAUCUCAUCUACUCUGUGAAGUUUUUCAUUUCCUAUGCAAUUCCAGACGUAUCGAAAAGCACGAAGAGCAAGAUCGAGAGAGAAAAGUACCUAACGCAAAAGUUUCUUCGUGAAAAUCACCUCAAUGAUAUAACGAAAAACCUGGGGGGGAUCUUUGGGAAAGGGGGAGAAGUAACAGAUAACAAUACACGACCCAAGUCAGAAUAAGGGCUUUCUAAAGUUCUGAGAUGCACUUUAAGGAGUUCAGCUCUGUCAAAAUAGAUUAUGAAUCACUAAUGAGAAUGUUUAAGUUAAAUCCUUUUGAUGAAGAAAUCUUGACAAUUGCCAUUUUCAUGUAGAUGUUUUUUUCAGUUUCAGCUAGCAAUGCAGGAACUAGGAAAACUUAGAUCAACAAAGGCAUAAAACUAAUCACCUGGAAAACAUUCAAUAUCACCUUUUUUGCUAUAUUGGACUUUUAGUAACACAGAAGAAUCUCUCGGGGUGCUUAAAAUUCACCCCUUCUGAAACAGAACAUUUUUUCCUCCAUUUAAUUAUUUUCAUUCCUUUCUGUUUCAAGCACACAUUCUCCUUUUUUUUCCAGCAGUAUUUUAUUUCUUCACCUGACCAGACCUGUUCCAGAGUUCUCUUUCCCUUUCAGUGCCACCAUUGAAAAACUGAACACCUUUCUAGCUUGUGAUUAAAAAUAGCCAACUCAGAAUUCAUUUUGAACACUACAUCCAAGGGCAGAUUGACUCAAACAUUUCCAGUAUUUAGAUGUGUUAUCACAUCCCUGCAGAAACAGAAAUCUUGGUGAAUAAGAGGAAAUAGUUUGUAACCACUCACGCCUGCCUUUCCAUCUCAAAGAAAUACUCUUAACGGACUGGAAUAGACACUGAGUUUCUGAAGCUUACUUGUACUAAUCCACGGUGACGCCUUUUAUCUUCCAGGAUCUCUUCUAGACUAUUCUGUGCCUACUCAGUAUUGACUGCUUUGCAGCUCUUCAGGGAAUAAAAGUGACAGAAAUGGGGAAAGGGACACAUUCAACUAGAACUGUAACUCAUGUUAAUCAGGUUUAUUAACUUACCUCUUUUAAGAAUGCUAGGAAAAAAUGAAAUCGAGUGAUUAAAAUCGCAUUGUUAUCGAUUGAAUGGUCUGGAAAAGAGAAGCCCAUCAGUCCCACCAGUUGCCUUUAUUCACUGGAUACGGAGUUUCAGUAUCACACAGGUCACGGCACCACCGUGGAUGCCUCACCAUGCAGCCUCCGUGACAUGACUGUGUUGAGGACGGCAGGCGCCCGACUCGGAGCUGCUCUGUGUCCCCUGAGAGUGGAGUGUCUUGUCGGCUUGAUCAGCAUACCUAAGCACUUGCCACAGUAAAUGGGGCUCCUUGCUCCCCACCACUGCAUAUAAUUGCAUAUUUGUACCAGGGGGCCAGUGAGGGGAAGGAGGGGUGAAGUCAGGAAUGUACCCAGAUUAUUCCCAAUCAAGAAAAGAGGCUCUAGAUUUGAUUUGCGCAUCUAACCUCUGCUAAAACCAAUCAGGUGAUUAAGGAUAAGAAAAGAGCCCUGUCUGCUCCCAAACCUGCCUUCAGCUGCAAGUUACUUCCUGCUGCAACCCUGCCCACCCCCACCCCACACCCCCACCAUGUACUUCUUGCCUUGAUUUGCUCAGUUUAGCAGUCUCUACUGCACUUUGCUGUCUUGUAGGCACCUGGUGGGCUCUGAAGAAGACAUGGGGCCUGCACCUUCCUCCCCUGACGGUCACAAGGCAGUACUGGGUGUAGGAAGAAGAGCCUGGCACUGGGCUUCUGCCAGAUGGGCCACCACCCACAGGAUGCUGCUAAAUGCACAGGUGCCACAGGAGCGAAGCCUCUCGGGACCCCAAGAGCGGAGGAACACUAAAUGUGUUUCAGGGCGCAGACGCAGAGGCUUGUAUCAAUAUAGCAGAGUGGCUGAGCUCCAGGCAUGAGAUGCCUGCUGUGAAUGUUAAAUAAACAAGUGAACAAUGAAAAGUGUGCAGGUCCAUCCAGGCAGCAUUCCAGACUGCGGAAUCGUCCCAGGGGCUCAAGGACUGCAUUCACCAACUCACAAGCCCAACUCGCAGGCCUCCUGGCAACCUGGCCACACAGCGAGGGGGAAAUGAAUGUUUUCCUGGUGCGUCCCCACAGCCUAGUGGUGUCCCCACUGUGCUUUCCCUGCUGCUACAAGAAGUGGGGUCACCUGUCCUAUUACCUCUGUUCGUUUCUGAAGUGUGUGACUAUCUCCUAGUAUUGGGUUCUGCAGUUACUCACUGUUUAUGGAAACAGAAAAGGAAAUGUUUUGCCUUAUCUUAUGUAUGUACAAUAGAACUGAAAAGCUGUGUGCAUUUAUGUUUUCUUAAAUCAUCUUUCAUACAUCGUCUUCAUCAUUUAAGAUGUGCUUCUGUGGACAGGAGGGAAAAACACCUCAACUUUUUUAAAGGCAGAAGUGUGAUGUACAGCACGGCCGGUGUCCGUGACAGCUCAGUCGUAGAGGGCGUCCGUGACACCAGCCAUGUUAAUGCAAGUCUGGUGCCGACUUGUCGGAGUCUGCCAGCCAUCUGGCCGGGUCUCUAAGUGUGAGGAGAGGCCUCACCGGGGAGAAUGAUGGUGUGUUCUUUUACUUGUGAAGAGACAAUCUGGCCCCAGACCUGUCCAGUGUUAACCACUAGAGAAAUGUCAGUUUUAUAUCAUUUUAUAAUGCCUGUGAAUUUAAAUGAAUUGAAGCAUCAGACUAAAAUUCUCAGGGGAUUUUUUUCCUUAUAGCCUCCAGUCUUUUAGAUAUGGUAUUAGCAAACCAUCCGUUUUGAAAAUGAAAAAGGCCAUCUGAGAAACUCACCACAAACUUCCCUUUUAAUUGCACCUUGAAUUUCAGAAAACAUUACUUCACAGUGGGUUGGGUGGACGUGCUGUGUCGAAACACUCCUUGUAUCAUCUUCUCAUGUUCCUAUGUUAAGAUGUUUGAAAAGUUAAAAGUGUAUAAGCAGCUUAACUAAAGUAGAACUGAGUAUUUGAUGCUUUUCAGACACUGUGGCAUAAAAUGUAAAGUUUCUAAUUGUGAAUUUCUGUGCAUUUUAAUAUUUUA